CGCUGUCCUAGUUACAGACCUGUCCGACGGGACACUGCCGCCACGCGUCACCAACGACUUGUAACUAACGAAGUUAAACAAAGGCAUCAUAACACAUAAUGGAGCUUUGUUUGACUGUGAUUUAAAGCUACAGUAUACUAAAGGAAAAGUGAAUUUGUUAAAGUCUGAUCCGUUCUUUCAGAAUUUUAUCGGAGUACCGGAGUUGUGGCGAACAGUUAAACUAGCGCGGCCACUGUGAAUAUACCAUUGUGUGAAUGUGUCAAGUAUAUAAAGGCGGAUGUCACGUAUGGGGGGCGAGGCACGAAUCGGUAACUUAGGCGGGUCAAAGUUCGAUAAGUCAUAUUUUCUUCACCUCUGUAAAUAAUCAAGCAAGCCGCACCUCAGAGAGCGCGACGUGAGGACUUUGUGCGACAACAUGGCUGCCAUUGCGGACACCCGUCCCGCUGAAAACAACGUCAACACGGCCCACAAAAGCGUGGUGCUCGGUAAGUUCGAGGACCACUGCUCGGUGCUGACGGCGUGCCUGCAGGCCAUGCGGCGAGAGGAGCUUCUCUGUGACGUGAUCCUAGUGGUGGAGGGGAAGACCAUCCCUGCACACAGGGUCGUGCUGGCCGCCUGCAGCGACUACUUCCUUUCCGUCUUUACUUCAGAAGCGGAGGGGACUGAAGAACAGCGGCAAGACACGACGAUUCACGAGGUCGCCAACGCCAACUUCGACGCCGUGCACAAGAUCGUGGCCAUGAUGUACUCCGGCGAGCUCGCGCUCAGCCCCGAGACCAUUGAAGACCUCCUCCUGGCCGCACAGAUCCUCCAAGUGGCCAAGGCCACCGACUUCUGCGUGCAGUAUCUCCAGACACAGGUCGACAGAGAGACGUGUCUACAGUUUCUGAGCAUCGCUGAUAAAUUCGAGCUCCCCGACCUGGACAGAAGGUACAUACUUCAGCACGUACACGAGAACUUUUCCGAAAUCUCUACGACGGAAGACUUUAUCAAUCUUGACAGUGAGACCGUGCAAGAGAUCUUGAGCAGCGAUAGGCUUGUAGUUUCGACGGAGAAGGAGGUGUUUGAGGCAGGGAGAAGAUGGUUAGCGCACGAUGAGGAGAGAUACGAACAUGCAGAAGCUGUCUUGGGACGGGUGCGUUUUUCAUUCAUGUCGCAAGAGGACCUUCUGCAAGCGGUAUGUGAGAAUGUGCUGACAGACGACGACGGCACCUAG